AUGGGCCAGAUUGGGAAGGGCGGUACGAGGGUGAGACUUGGCGUUGGUGUUUUGGAACAUCAAAGAUGGACAGGGUUUUCGCGGAGGUCGCUCCUCGGAUAUCUCCACAACUACAGGUCGGGGGUCUUCCAAAAUCGAGAAGAUUGGUGCAUAUGGCUAGGUCACUUCACCUUACAAUUUGUAUGGCACUCUGGCCCGGGGUUGUGGUGUGGUAGGGGAGAACGGGGGAUAAUCCCACACAGGAGCUUCGAACAACGUCCGGUUCACGUUUGGCUGGAUAACUCCACCACCACACGGGGUAUGCGGUCGGCGAUGGGGUCAAAAUGCUCGUAUGAUCGAGGGCUUUUCGAUGGAUCUAUCGGCGGGUUCUUAUUCGAAAAAUCGAGCGAGUUCGUGGUGGAGCGGUUUGAUAUGCAUUGA